AUGUCGGAACCUAUGGAUACCAAACCUGAUAGUUACAGCGAUGAUGAAGGUGCUGGUGAACAUGUGCCCCUGGCGCUUGUCCACAUUUGCAUUGGACAGCCUGUUUUCGUUAAGCUCCGCGGUGACCGUGAAAUUAAGGGCAUUCUCCACGCUUUCGAUGGCCAUUGUAAUGCGAUUUUGGGCGACGCCGAAGAGACCAUCUACCUUGCAGAGAUGGAUGAGAACUCACAAGAAACACGUCGGACAGUCAAGCGACAGGAAGAAAUGCUCUUCGUUCGAGGUGACUCCGUUGUUAUGAUUUCCGCCCUGUCUUAG